AUGUUGCUAUUUGUUAUCACUAAAUAUUUGAUUGCUUUAACAAUACCCAUAAUGCUACUAUCAUUUGACGAAACGAAUGCACAGUUACUCAAUUUAAACUUUUUGUCAUUUAAUAACAACAGAGCAGGCGACAACUCAUUGAACGGUAAUGGUAACGCAGGUGCUAGACCCGGUGCUGCUCCAGCUAAUCAAGCUAAUCAAGCAAAUCAAGCUCAACAAAAUCCUUUUGGCACAUGGCAAUCUGCUCUUGGUGCUGGCCUAGAUAAACAUAUUAUCUCACAAUGGAAUGUUUAUUUUCCGAAAACUACAAAUUAUAUUUGCAGGAAUUUAACGUUACUUAUUAUGCUGCUAUUCGUUAUCACUAAACAUCUGAUUACUUUAACAAUACUCACAAUUUUAUUCAAUAAUCAGAUAUAUGCGCAGGUUUUUACCCUAGAAUCGUUUAAUGAUAAUUUUGUUGGCCGUAACUCAUUGAAUAAUAAUGGUAACGCGAGGUUUGGACCCGCUGCUGCUCCAGCUAAUCAAGCACAACAGAAUCCUUUUCCGUGGCAAACUGCGCUUGGUGCUGGUCUCGGUUUUCUUGCAGGAACUUUGAAUUUUGGAUCAUUUGUCAUGCUGCUACUUGUUAUUACUAAAUAUUUGAUUGCUUUAACAAUAUUCGUAAUAUUAUUGUUUGAUGGGACGAAUGCGCAACUUUUUACCUUUCGAUCGUUUAACGAAAAUUUUGCAGGCGACAACUCGUUGAACAAUAAUGCCAACGCAGGAGGUGGACGUCCACCAGCUGCUAAUCAACCAAAUCAACCAAAUCAAGCAAAUCAAGCUCAACAGAAUCCUUGGUUGUCUGCGCUUGGUGCUGGUGUACAAGGUUUCAUUGCGGGAAGUUUAUUUAAUAGAGGCUUGUCAAGAGGAAACUUACCAGCACCACCAUAUUUUUAUGGCUACGGUGGUUAUUACCCAUACUACGGUGGUUAUUAUUAUCCGUAUAACUAUCGUUAUCCUUAUUACUACUAUUAUUAUGGUUAA